GGGGUGUGCUUAUGCACAGCGCCCUUCGCUGCGCUUGCGCGAUGCGGUCGGCAGCCCUGCAGCUCGCCACGAGUGGAUCCUCGAUCACAGGGAGCCGCCUGUUAGAGCAUAACAGCCGCACCCAACACGGGUAGACUUUAUGCCUUGCAUAGAUGGAUGUUGUGAGCACAGUAACGAGGUGCUCUGCGCAGACUUGGAGCCGCAGCCCUUCCAUCACGGCCGAACGAGCGCCGCCCAGAGUACAGCGAAAUCGCUGUGCUUUUCACAGCCACAUCGCUGUGUCCGGCACAGUGACGCGGCCGUGGUCGGCGCAGAGACGAGAGCACUCUUGAGCCGCAUCUGGAGCCACGCAGCCCUAUCACGGCAUCACGGCGAACGAGCGCCGCCCAGAGUACAGCGAAAUCGCUGUGCUUUUCACAGCCACAUCGCUGUG